UCUCUUUCAUCUCUCUCCUCUCCAUUCCAACGGCUAUGGCUUCUCUGCAGAGCCUUCGCACCCCAACGGCUAUGGCUUCUUCAAGAAGCGCCCCAAAAGUGCUUCCCAGAGAAGCAGAAGCAGCUGGAGCCAAUCGCCCGAGUUGUUCUCUUCCUCGUCUCCUUCCGCUCCCCAUUUUACGACGAGAAGCGCUUUUGAUCUCUAUUCUCCCCCUCAAUUGGAGCGCUCUCGCACUCCCCUCCCAUGCUAGGGAGAGGAGGGCGCGUAAAACCAUCGCUCCUGAGGAGUAUUCAACUAGCCCUGAUGGGUUAAAGUACUACGAUAUUAUCGAUGGUAGGGGCCCAACAGCUGAGAGGGGUGCAGUUGUGCAGGUACAUUUCGACUGCAUCUAUCGCGGCAUUACCGCUGUAUCAAGUAGGGAAUCUAAACUCCUAGCAGGCAAUCGCAGCAUUGCACAGCCUUAUGAAUUCACUGUCGGGUCGCCACCAGGCAAAGAGAGGAAGCGCGACUUCGUAGAUAAUGCAAAUGGACUUUAUUCAGCGCAGUCUGCGCCUAAACCGCCGCCCGCUAUGUACACAAUAACUGAAGGAAUGAAGGUUGGAGGAAAGAGAACGGUGAUCGUCCCGCCGGAGCUUGGCUAUGGGAAAAAGGGAAUGAAUGAAAUUCCGGUAAUGAUUAGAUCGUACCUGGAGCUGAAUUCCAACUCAAUAUUGAGCUUCUGCAAGUGACACCUCCGGCUAGGAGAUGAGACAUGAUUCGCAUUUGCCCACUAUAUAUAUAUAUAUAGAGAGAGAGAGAGAGAGAGAGAGAGUCCGGCUACUAUACUAUCGAUAUUAGCAAGCUCUUGAUACUGUCGAAGUUUCUGUCGUUAGAUCUACCUUUGAUCAUUUAAACUCGUUAGAUUAUACUAUUCAAUCAACCACCACUCAAUUUUAGGGUAUCAUUAUUAUCCUAACUGUAUAUUUUUUCAUCUAACGGCCGAAAAUUCAAUAACACCAAGCGUUUGGUA